CUCGCAUCCAGCGCCGGCGGAUAUCCGAACCAAUAUGUCCCCAGCAGCCAAAGGUACUUAAUACUACUUCUUGUCGGGGCGAAGACCCUUACCAACUCUCUCCCCGUUGAUUCUACCUACUUUCCACCUCCAGAUUUUUUGAACCAUUCUCCCCCCCUUGGUCCUCGCCGCAUUCCCUCUUCAGACACAUACCUGGCUAUGUCACUUCCUAGCAACAGAAAGGUAUAUUCCCAACGGCUCAUACGAGCACAUCUGCACACACGUACGAUAGCGAGAGAUAAUGCCGUCGAAGAGCCACCAGCGGAAGGCAAUCUCACCAACCCAACACCGUCACACUCCUCGAAAGCCACAUGCUUCUUUUCCCUGCUGCCUGCCGAGUUACGAAACAUAAUAUGGGAAUACGUCAUCCCGCGUAGGGUGUUACGGGUACACUCUUUGGCUGUCUACUGCCACUAUGGACGAGAGCUCUCCUCGAGUUGCCGGCCUACAACUCACGAUAUCUGUGUGGAGACAAAGAGAAUGAUCUCUUCUAGUGGAAUUUACGUGAGAUUCAUGAACUCGGAUCUAAGUGUGGCUUUUCGCGAGUGGUACGAUAGAUAUCGGGAUAUACUCUACAUUCAGUCGAUCCGUAUCUUUGUUUCCUGGAACAACUGGGAGCGUAUCCUAAUCGGCUCUACCAUCGCUAUCCACGUUCUAGAAACGAUCGAGGAUUUGUACCGGGGCACCGAGGCUAGUCGGAAUUUUGGCCGCGCGAUUAAGCGCGGACACUUUAACAACGUCCAUAAAUUCCUACUUAUUCUCCUAGUGGUAGAGUGGGACGGUGACAUCGAUGGUAUUUACGGCGACGACGACACGACUUUCCUCGGCCUGGAUGAUAAGAGACUCCCAAAUAUCCUCAGACCUGUGUUUGCCGACCUACGCGCCCGGUCCCCUGAUCGCAUGGUACAUAAACGACCUUCCUGCCUCCUUCGUCAUCUCCAUAAGGAGUGGGAUAACUCCCUGAGGUCACUAUUCGAAGAGCAUUGGAUUCAAGCUAAUGUGGGAUUGCGCGAGGCUUGGGGAGGGCCCAACCCGCCGCCACACCGCGAGACGUUCGACAGCGGCGAGCGAUUCGAAUUUCGUAACGCACGACCGAGGAUGAAGAGACACCGCCCACUCGUACGUCCCGUCGUGGAAGGCAUGCCCGCGAUGCAGCCGGUAAUAGCAUUCGAAAAGAAACAGCCUUCGUUCGCGACACAUUACGACCCCUUCGCUUACCCCUCUAGGUGGAACGAGUGCAGGUCUGGCGAUGGGUUGGUAUCGAUCUCGAACCGAAGGCGACUAGCACUAACAUGGGACCAACUCGCGGGUCGGAAAACGCUUUAUCCCAACAAUUUCCUCUUGCCGAAUUGAAACAGGGACAUACUGGUGAAAUGCAAGAUGCGACUCGUUGCCGUCAUUUGGGGGGUAUGCCGCGGAUCUCCUGCGUUAAACAACACGUUCACCCAGUAGUCCCUUUUAAAUACAAAUUUAUCUACACCUAGGUAACAAAUGUAACUUGUCUCUAUAGAUAUAGGCAUCUCCAGUACAAGCGUAUUGACUCUCAGAUUCCACAGGUAUGUUUUAGAUACAUAUAGGCCGCCGGCAGACACCCCCCGGGGCCAUUUGUUCGGAGUAGUGAUAUUCGGAGUAGCGGUAAGACUUGAUGUUUUAUUUCACUUUGCG